AUGAUCAGAGACAAACAUCUUAGUGCUUUGCUUAAGAAAAAUUUUAUACUUUGGCGAAGAAAUCUUUGCUGCAGUUUAUUCGAAAUCUUAUUACCGUUUCUUGUAUGUUUAGGAGGAAUGAACCUAAUAAGAUCGAAUGUGAGCACUUAAGUCAUUCCUGAGACUUCAUACAUAAAUUAACCUACAGUUCUAUAUCCUAAUAUUCCAACAGGAGUUUUAAAUUCUACUACAGGCAAUUAAAUUAUUCCUCCAAUGCUAAAUUGCAAGAAUAAUAUGUAAGAUGGUAGACCUUAAAGAAAUGGAAAAGUCGCUUUAAUUCCUAAAACAAACGAUUUGAUAGACGAAGUAAGUCAGAUGUUAAAGACUGUUUAUGGCUAUGACACAGAAGGCUGGGAUUCUCUAAAUUAGCUCUUUGAUUAUACUUAAAGUAUCGAUUAUAAUUGGGAUAUUUGCAUGGCUAUUUAAAUUUCUACUUCUACUAAUGGCUAAUACUCUUACACCUUGGUUUAUAACAAUACAGGACCACCUUCAAGAGAAUUGGAUCAAGUUCCUGAUACUACUAGAUAAACCACUUACGAUUAUAAGGUAGAGUUCAAGAAUCCUCUUUUCGAUUUGUGGGUCUCAUCAGGUUUUGUCACUCUCCAAAAUUAUAUUGAUAAUCUCAUUUUGAAGAAAGAAACUGCAAAUACAAACGCCCAAAUUUAAGCAAAUGUUUACCCAAUUAAAACUCAAAGCUACACAAAAGACCCGAUUGAUCUCUAAUUAACUGGUAACUUUGCGCCUUUUGUUGUUCUCCCUCUUAUUUUAAGUUACUUAAGACUAACCUAGAGCAUUUUAACUGAAAAAGAAAAGAAAAUCAGAGAAGUAAUGAAGAUAUAAGGUAUGAAAACGUCUUCUUUCUACUUAUCAUGGAUUAUUCAUUAUUUGGUGAUUUUUACUGUUAUUUCACUUUUGCAAGCGCUUGCUUUAAAAAUUACUGUCUUCAAGCAGAGCAAUUAUUUCUUCCUUUUCAUAUGGUUUUGGCUUUUCUGCAUUUCUUUGAUAUUUUAAUCAAUUUUUAUGACUUCUUUCUUUACCAAAGCGAGAUAGGGAACACUUUUUGCAGUCUUAUUUUUCCUUUUUACAAUAGUCGUUAACACAACUUUUUAGAACGGAGUCUACUCUACUGCGUAGUACACCGGUGCAAGUUUCUUAACUUAGACAGGAAUAGCUCGUGCUUGCGAGGUUAUAAUUGUUUUAGAGGCUAACUAAAAAGGAGUGUCUUUUUCUAAUGCGGAUUAAAUGGUCAAUAACUUCAAUGUUUAAGCUCAAAUUUUAAUGAACUUAGUUAAUAUUGCCUUUUUUUCAAUAUUUUCUCUAUACUUAGACUAAGUUCUUCCAAAUGAAUUUGGCUAAAAGAAAAGACCUUUAUUUUUCUUAGAUUGCUUCUUUAAGAACAACAAUUAAACAAAUAUUGAUAAAGAUAAUAGUAAAUAAAACUUACUUGAACAAUAUGAUGAGUAAACUUAAUUAAAAAAUAUUGAAGAAGUUACCCAAAUUCUCAAAGAUCAAGAGUUUAAAAAUGAAGUUUUAAAAAUUUAAGACCUCAAAAAAACAUUCUAUGGAAGAGGAUAACCAUUCAACGCAGUGUCAAAUUUGAGUUUAACUAUGUACAAAAAUUAAAUUUUCGUUUUGCUUGGUCACAAUGGUGCAGGAAAGACGACAACAAUUUCAAUGCUAACAGGUUUACUGUAAAGUACUAGAGGUUCUGCAAAGGUUUAUGGCUUAGAUCUCCAAACUUAAAUAGAAUAAAUAAGAACUUUUAUGGGAGUUUGCCCAUAACAUGAUGUGCUGUUUGAUAACUUAACUGUUAAGGAACAUCUUGAACUUUUUGCUGCUUUUAGAGGAGUUAAAGACUAGUAAUUGUUGAAAAAAGAAGUUGAAAAACUAAUAACAGAUGUUGAUUUAUAAGAAAAAACUAAUGUUCUUAGUAAGAAUUUGUCUGGAGGUCAAAAAAGACGUCUAAGUGUUGCGAUAGCUUUCGUUGGAUAAAGUAAAUUAAUUUACCUCGACGAACCUACAAGCGGUAUGGAUACUUCAGCAAGAAGAUACAUUUGGGAUAUGCUUAAAUAAUAUAGAAAUGAUAGAAUUAUAAUAUUAACAACCCACUUCAUGGACGAAGCAGAUUAUCUUGGUGAUAGGAUAGGAAUUAUGGGUCAAGGAAAGCUCAUUUGCUGUGGUUCUUCAGAGUUUUUAAAAGACCGCUUUGGUGUUGGAUAUAACUUAUCUAUAUUGAAAUAAGACAACAAUGUUAGCAGUGAACCAAUUAUUACUUACAUAUAAUCAAUUAUACCUUAAGCAAAUGUUUUGAGUGAUGUUUCCUGUGAGAUAACUAUCCAAUUAAAAAGCGAAUCUAUCUCAAAGUUCCCAGAAAUGUUUAAUGGAAUUGACUAGAAUAAAAAGAAUUUUUAAAUAGAAUCAUACGGCAUUUCAAUCACAACUUUAGAAGAAGUGUUCUUAAGAAUAGCAGAGCAACAAUCUGAGAAAGAAAGCUAAAAUAACAACAUUGAAGAAAAGAAGAUCAAUCCAGAAAGCAAAGAGGUUAAAGAAGAUGAUUAAGUAGAUAAUUUUGAUUUAAAUUAAGUAAAAAUUAAAGGAAAUUUUGAGCUCUUUUUAAAUCAUUGCAAAUCCUAGAUAAUCAAAAGAGUUAUUUAUUUCAAGAGAGAUAAAAGAGGUUUGUUUUGUGAAAUAGUUAUUCCCUUUUUAGUUGUUGCUUUAGGAUUGACUAUUACGCUCAUGCAAUUUAUUGUUGAGAGUCCUCCUCUUGUAAUCUAGCCUUCUAUUUUCAACACACCUAUUAACAUAAUUUAUUCCGGUUCUGAGACAACUCAAAAUAUGUCUCAACUCAUGAGUGUAUUUAAUCCAAAUGAUUGGAAGGCUGAAUUCUUUAACACAAAUUCUAAAACUGCAUGGGAUGAAUAAAACUUCUAGCUAAAAUCAGUUGACAGAAAGGGGUCUUACUUCAUAAAUAAAAUUGAUACACUUAAUUAGGUAUUUUCUUAUGAUGCAGAAGUAUAGACAAUAUCAAAAGAUACUACACCAUUAUUUAUUAAUUAGAUGAAUAACGCCAUUUUAAGAUUAGCAACUAAUAAUCCUUCAAAAAAUAUUAAAAUCACCUUCAAUCCUUUCCCUUUACCAUAUUAGGUCAAGGGAUUUGAGAAUACUGCUAACGGAAUUAUUGCCUCAUUCAUUUUUUCUAUCGCUUAUGCAUUAAUACCAGCUUCUCUUAUUAUUUUCACUGUAAAAGAAAGAGAAGAAAAUAUAAAGCACUAAUAGCUUGUAUCAGGGCUUUCCCUAAGAAGCUACUGGUUUAGCAAUUACAUAGUAGAUAUGAAUAAGCACCUCAUUCCAGCUUGCUUGUGCAUUUUAAUGGUCAUUGCAUAUGAUAUUCAGACUUUUAGUAAAGGUGAUAACUUUGGAGGAAUAUGCACACUCUUUAUUUUAUACGGCUGGGCUAUCAUUCCUUUUACCUAUUUGAUUGGCUUUUUAUUUUAAAAUUCUGGUGUUGCUUAAGUAUUUGCAUUCUUCUUUAACUUUUUGUUAGGAUCUAUUGGCCCUAUUCUAUUCAUGGUUUUGAGGCUCAUCAAAUCUACUAGUUCAGUUGCUCUUAAAAUUCAAUGGAUAUUAAGAUUAUUCCCAUCCUUUUGUUUUGGUUAUGGUAUAAUAAACAUGGCCAACAAAUCUCUAUACGCUACAGUAAUUGGUAAAACUGUAUAAUAAAGUACAUGGGAUUUAGACAUCGCAGGAGGUGAUGUAAUGAUGCUUUGCCUAGAGGGAAUAUUUUACUAUGUUUUAAUCUUUUUAGUAGAAUAUUUGAAAUAAAAAAAAUCUGUAAAAGAUUUAUUGAAAGCUCAAGGUAACUCAAUAAAAUAUUUGAAUUAAAAUUUUGAUUCAGAUGUCUAAAAAGAAAUGGACACAAUAGCAAAUUCAAGUGCCUCUGAUUACUCAGUAAGAGUCAAAGAUAUUUAAAAAAUUUUCUACGCAACUGGAAAUGAACCUAAAGUCGCUGUGGAUAGAGUUUCUUUUGGUAUUAAAGAAGGUGAUUGUUUUGGUUUACUUGGAAUAAACGGAGCUGGUAAAACUACAACAUUUAAAAUGCUUGCAGGAGAAAUCUAACCUUCAUCAGGAAGUGUUCAUAUUAUGGGCUAUGAUUUGAGCUAUUAGAUAAAUGAUGCUAGAAGGUAUAUAGGAUAUUGCCCUCAAUUUGAUGCUUUAUUAGAAAACUUAACAGCAAGAGAGCAUUUAGAAUUAUACGCUGCCAUUAAAGGCAUUCCAAAAGAUUUAAGAGAACAACUUGUGUCUCAAAAAAUUAAAGAAAUGGGUUUAAGUGCUUUUGAAAAUAAAUGCGCAGGAACAUACUCUGGAGGUAACAAGAGAAAACUAUCUGUCGCUAUUGCCAUGCUUGGAAACCCUCCAAUUGUCUUUUUAGAUGAACCUUCAACUGGAAUGGACCCUGAAGCUCGUAGAUUUAUGUGGAAUGUUAUUUCUCGCAUAUCAACCAAGAGAAAAUAGUCAUCAGUAAUAUUAACUACUCAUUCUAUGGAAGAGGCAGAAGCUCUUUGUAAUAGAUUAACAAUUAUGGUGAAUGGAUCAUUUAAAUGUUUAGGAAGUCUGACUCAGAUAAAAAAUAAAUACGGACAAGGGUAUGAACUAGUCAUAAAAACUGAAAUUCCUUAAUAAAAAGUCAUUCAAAUUCUUUAAGACCAUCAACUUGAUGGAUAAUAAAGAUUAUCAACUAUGAACGAAAUUUAAAAUAUAUUAAACGUAAUCAAAAAAGCUGAAUUAUAUGAAUAAAUUAAUGAAGAAGAGCCUGGUAAACUGAUUAGAUAGAACAUCAGCUCAGGAAAAGGAAUAACAACAGAAUAACUAAUAGAAUUUGCUUGCAUCGAAGAUGAUGGAAAAAAUAUCCAGAAAUUUAUUGAAUCUAGCUUUGGAAGCUUUUCAAUUAUUGAACACUUCUCAAAUCUAUAUAGGUUCAAAGUAGAAAACACCACAAGCUCAAUAGGAAAAUUAUUCGAGCUAUUUGAAAAAAGUAAAAAGGAGUUGAAUAUAUCUUCAUAUAAUGUUAGAUAAGCAACUAUUGAAUAAAUUUUUAAUAAUUUUGCUGAAGGUAGAUACGAUAAUUAAAUAAAGCAUCAGCAAAAGUAAUUGUAAGGAAAAACUUCCUAAAACUUUGACAAUCAAUAAUAGUAAGGAGCUCCAAAACCUCUUGAUAUUAACUCUAACUCAGUACCUUCCUAAAAAAUUUAAAUUAACUCUAAUAGCAUCAAUAAUAAUGAUUAUUGA